UAUAUAUACAAAUACAAUACAAUCUCUCUAUAUAUAAUAAUCCAUCUAUUCUUUUUAUCAGUUCUACUACUAAUUAAACUCUGAAACUGAAAUUAACUAAAAAUAAAAAGAAAAAAGUUUGGAAUAAGAAAGAUGGCCGAGGUUGUCGUGCAGCUGCAGCAACAUGCUUCGAUCGACGUGGCAAACAACAACAACAACAAAAGUUGCUGCAAAAAUGGACCUGGUUAUGCCACACCCCUUGAUGCUAUGGCUGGUCCUAGAGAGACUCUCAUAUACGUCACUUGUGUAUACACCGGAACAGGAAAGGAGAAGCCAGACUUCUUGGGAACGGUAGACGUGGAUCCUGCCUCAGAAACUUACUCGCAAGUCAUCCAUAGGCUGCCUAUGCCUAAUGUAGGUGAUGAGUUGCAUCAUUCUGGUUGGAAUGCCUGCAGUUCUUGUUAUGGUGAUUCAACAACUUCACGCCGUUACCUUGUUCUCCCUGCUCUUGUGUCCGGUCGAAUAUAUGCUGUUGACACACUAAAAAAUCCACGGGCUCCCACCUUCUAUAAGGCGGUUGAGCCAAGUGAUAUCACAAGCAAAACUGGGCUCGCAUAUCCCCACACCGCACAUUGUCUUGCUUCUGGUGAAAUAAUGGUUUCUUGCCUUGGAGACAGAGAUGGAAAGGCAGAGGGAAAUGGGUUUCUGCUCCUUGACUCAGAUUUCAAUGUGAAAGGAAGAUGGGAGAAGCCUGGGCAUAGUCCAUUGUUUGGUUAUGAUUAUUGGUACCAACCUCGGCACAAGACCAUGAUUAGCACAUCAUGGGGAGCCCCUGCUGCUUUUACCCAGGGAUUCAACCUUCAACAUGUUUCGGAUGGUUUAUAUGGACGUCAUUUGCACGUGUAUAAUUGGCCUGAAGGUGAAUUGAAACAAACAAUUGAUUUGGGCUCAAAUGGACUCCUCCCUUUAGAGAUAAGGUUUUUGCACGACCCGACUAAAGAUACUGGGUUUGUUGGUUGUGCACUAAGUAGCAAUAUGGUCCGUUUUUUCAAGACUUCUGAUGGAUCAUGGAGCCAUGAGGUGGCAAUGGAGGUAAAACCAGUGAAGGUUCAAAACUGGAUUCUACCAGAAAUGCCAGGGCUUAUUACAGAUUUCCUUAUUUCUCUUGAUGAUCGUUUUCUUUAUUUUGUGAACUGGUUACAUGGAGAUAUCAGACAGUAUAAUAUUGAGGACCCUAAGAGUCCUGUUUUGGUUGGUCAAAUAUGGGUUGGUGGGCUGUUUCAGAAAGGAAGCCUAGUAGUUGCUGAGAACAAUGAUGGUACAACUUACCAGAUUGAUGUUCCGGAAGUCAAGGGACACCGAUUGCUAGGAGGACCACAAAUGAUUCAGCUGAGCUUAGACGGGAAACGUUUAUACGUUACAAACUCGUUAUUUAGCAAAUGGGACAAGCAGUUCUAUCCAGAAGUUGUGGAAAAAGGAUCUCACAUGUUGCAGAUUGAUGUGAACACUGAGAAAGGUGGACUUGCUAUUAACCCGAAUUUCUAUGUUGACUUUGGAGCGGAACCAGAUGGCCCUUGCUUGGCUCAUGAAAUGAGAUAUCCAGGUGGUGAUUGCACUUCAGAUAUAUGGAUUUAAAGUUUUAAACCAUUAAUUUGGUCACAUGAACUGACAAAUAAAGCCUCCUUAUGUUACUUGAUUUACGUAUGUAACCUUGGAUUUGUAUGUGCGAGGAAUUUGAGUCCUCAAUUAAAGAGUUGUUAAUCACUAUGAACCCGUGUAUCUUCUGGGAGAUUAAGAAAAGAUAAAGUCAACAAAUAAACCAAACAUCUUUAUAUUCA